CUCGAAAACGAAUAACUAAGACACAGUCCUCAAUUUCGCAUUCAGUUUGACUGAAAUUGUGGAGAAUGGCGCAUCGUUUGAUCUUCUUGUCCAUUUUGUGUGGGCAUCUUUUGUAUUCUGGGAACUGUUCGGCAUCUAUUCAAAGUAGUGCCAAUGUAGCGCCAUUUCUCACCUAUCUUUGUGACGAUGAUUUAUUGAAGACCGCGGUCAACAAGGUGGAGCGUUUGAGCCUCAAAUUAGAGAGUAUGCAAAGCGAAUUAAAGACAAUGAAAGAAAUUAUACAUGAAAUAAAGAAAAAUCAGGAAUCUGUGCCACCUGCAACCAAGAAACCAGCAUCGUGUAAAGAAGCGAUGCGUCAAGAAAACGGGAAAUAUGCAGAGAGUGGCGUUUAUGAACUUUAUCUGCCAGAAUUUCUUCAACACCCUUUCUAUGUUUACUGUCUACGUGAUCCCAAUGGCGGUGAACCAUGGGCUGUAAUUCAACGUCGUCAAAGCAACGACACCGACUUCUAUCGCGAGUGGGUUGAGUAUGAACGCGGUUUUGGCUACUUGAAUGCCAAUUUCUUUCUCGGCUUGGAUAAAAUACAUGCCCUGACGAAUUCGCGUUCUCAUGAGCUUUGGUUUCAAUUGGAGGAUUUUGAAAACGAGAAACGUGUUGCCAAGUACGAUAAUUUCGUUAUAGGCAGUGCUCAAGAUAAGUAUGAGUUAAUUUCGCUUGGACAAUAUUCAGGUACAGCCGGUGAUUCGUUAUCUUUUCAUCUCGGGCAAAAAUUCACCACUAAAGAUAGUGAUAACGACCAAUAUAGUGGUAACUGUGCAGUACUAUAUAAGGGCGCUUGGUGGUAUAAGAAUUGUCAUCUCUGCAAUCUGAACGGUUUAUAUUUAGGAGGAACAUAUCCAAAAAAUCAGAAAGGCGAAGGCAUGGAGUGGGAUUCCUGGCAUGGAGAUUACUACUCUCUCAAAUAUGUACAUAUGGCUAUAAGACCAAAGUAUUAUCACUGAGAUGGUGGUUUGCUAUUGAAAACCUUAGGUUCCAUUUAGUUUUACUAAACAUUACUGACGUUAAAGCUGUUGAAACUAAUUUAAUUUAGCAUAAUGUUUUAUAAAACUUUGCAUAUACUAUUUAGCAAUAAUUAAUAAAUUUUAGAAAAACA